UUGGCCUGAAAUAUUUUUUUCCGUUUCCUAGGAGAGUGAUACGCCAUAGUGAAAAAUUUGAUAGUGUGGCUUGCAGAAGGUUUUCUCUUGCCGUUUAGUUUUUUAUUUUUUUUUUUGUUCUCCUCAAAUCUGAUGUCGAAUUUCAUCUUGAAGUCGAUCUGAAAAACAACCGAAAUGAAGGCUUCAGUUGGUCCCCGCCGUCUACCCCACAUCCUACAGGCUUUGGAGGAUCUGGGCGACACCCAAGGCUCUAGCACCAGACGAAUCAUCGACCAGUUGGAGAGUACGCAUUACAGCAGCACAGACAGACCGAAGAACCUCACCAACGACGUCAGGAAAGCCCUGAAGUAUGCCGUGGACAAUGGUAUCGUCAGGGAGAGGGGGGGCAAAUUUUCCGUUGCCAGCUUCUACGGGAGAAAAAAAAGUUCCGACCCUUCCAAGUCAAUCUUCGAAUGCAGAAGAAGAAGGAAGAGGGGUGGCAAAAGACGUCGACGUCACAGGAGGCACGGGAGCCUGAGCAGCUUGUCGGAUUCGGAGGCUUCUCUCUCUGGAGACGAGUGGGAAAGCGACAGGGACCAUUCUUAUUCCAGAAGUCGAAGCAGAUCGCCACAAUACACCAGCGCCGGAAUCAUAAGUCAUCGCAGAAGAGGAAGGGGUGGAAAACGCAGGAGGCGUAGGAGGGGAAGGAGGCACUCUUUGAAUGACCGACAAGUGGAGGCCUCGAAAGGGGCUCAAGAUGGAAGAUGUCUGGCCCAUCAUUUGCAAGAUUGCGAUAAUCCAAGUUGUCAACGUAACUAUGACAAAGAGGCCGAUGUCGAUAAACAUGGAAGUUACAUCAAUUGAAGGUGCAUCCUGUGUUUUGUGACUUUUCUUCGAACUGUUUAAAUCAUUUAUAUUGCAAAUUCUUGUAUAAUAACAGAAUAAAUAUCUGAAAUACGAA